GGCGGGCGGCGCUGGGCUCGAGGCAGGGCGAGAGCGAGCGGGGUGGGGGCGGGAGGGAGGGGGGAUGGAGCUCUUGGUUCCCCCCUGGCCAGAGAGCCGCUCUCCGCAGCUGCCUGUGAAUGAACUGAAGCGAGGCCGCCGGCCCGCCGGCCCAGCCCCGCCGCGGAUCCCUCCCUACGCCGGCCCCCUCGGAGCGCAGAGCGCGGCCCUGCCCUCCCUCCGCUCCCCGGAGAGCCGGUGCCUUUGGCCGCCGCCGCCGCGGGAACUGAAGGAACAAGUCAUCAUGGGAGCAUUUUUAGACAAGCCAAAGAUGGAGAAGCAUAAUGCCCAAGGGCAGGGUAAUGGGCUACGUUAUGGGCUAAGUAGUAUGCAAGGUUGGCGAGUUGAGAUGGAGGAUGCACAUACAGCUGUUAUUGGUUUGCCAAAUGGACUUGAUGGAUGGUCAUUUUUUGCGGUAUAUGAUGGGCAUGCUGGAUCCCAGGUUGCCAAAUACUGCUGUGAGCAUUUAUUAGAUCACAUCACAAGCAACCAGGAUUUUAAAGGGUCCGAUGGACCACCCUCUGUGGAAAGUGUAAAGAGUGGAAUCAGAACAGGUUUUCUGCAAAUUGAUGAACAUAUGAGAGUAAUCUCUGAGAAGAAACAUGGUGCAGAUAGAAGCGGGUCAACAGCGGUGGGUGUCAUGAUUUCUCCUCAACACACUUACUUCAUCAACUGUGGAGACUCAAGAGGUUUACUUUGUAGAAACAGGAAGGUUCACUUCUUCACACAAGAUCACAAACCAAGUAAUCCACUGGAGAAAGAGCGUAUACAGAAUGCAGGUGGUUCUGUAAUGAUUCAACGUGUGAAUGGCUCUCUUGCUGUGUCUAGAGCUCUUGGGGACUUCGAUUACAAAUGUGUCCAUGGGAAAGGCCCUACAGAGCAACUUGUCUCACCUGAGCCUGAAGUUUAUGAAAUUGAGAGAUCAGAAGAAGAUGAUCAGUUUAUCAUACUGGCUUGUGAUGGUAUCUGGGAUGUUAUGGGAAAUGAAGAGCUCUGUGACUUUGUAAGAUCCAGACUUGAAGUCACUGAUGACCUUGAGAAAGUUUGCAAUGAGAUAGUCGACACCUGCUUGUACAAGGGAAGUCGAGACAACAUGAGUGUGAUUUUGAUCUGUUUUCCAAAUGCACCAAAGGUAUUGCCAGAGGCGGUGAAGAGAGAGGCAGAGUUGGACAAGUACCUGGAAAGCAGAGUAGAAGAGAUCAUAAAGAAGCAGGGUGAAGGAGUGCCAGACUUAGUCCACGUGAUGCGUACGUUAGCAACUGAGAGCAUCCCAAACCUCCCGCCAGGGGGUGAAUUGGCAAGCAAACGGAGUGUGAUUGAAGCUGUUUAUAACAGACUGAACCCCUAUAGAAAUGAUGAUGCUGACUCUGCAUCAACUGAUGAUAUGUGGUAAAACUGCCCAUCUAGCUGUGGAGUUUACAUUCAUCCUCCAGUUGAAAGUGCGGCCCAACCUCAGUGACCCUUCUUAACGUCCAUCCUCAACCUUAUUUAAAGAAGGGAUUAUGAUGUGUUGGUGAGAGUGACUACACCAGAAAACUACAGCAGUACGACAUCUAGCCCAGGAACUGAUGUUUUUUUUGUAAAACAGACUUCUGUAAACGUGAUUUCAAACCAUAAUUCAUGUUGUAAAUCAGACUCCAGCAAUUUAUGUUGUAUGAUUUUGUUUUUGUAAAGUGCAAUUGUCCUUGUACAAAAUGCUCAUAUUUAAUUAUGAACUGCUUUAAAUCACUAUAAAGGUUAGAAGAAAUGUUUGGCUUGUUGUGUGAUGCAACAAAUAUAUAGCCCUUUAAAUUUAUGUUGUGGUUUUGGAUUGCAAGGAGCAGCAGCCUAGCCAGCUAGAUGCUCAAGAGGUGCACAAAACUGUAAGAUUAUUUUUUAUUUUAUAUAAAGCAGAACAUUCGGGCAAUUUAUCCCAACUGUAGUAUAUGAAUUUGCUUGGCAGUGGGAAAAAUAACUAAUAUACUGCUCGUUCUCCAACAAACCUAUCUUUUUAUGUUUUCUGUUGCUAUUUACUAUGGUCCCAGUCCUGCUGCCACUUGAAAUCAACAAGAGUUUCGGCUGUGACUUCAAUGGAAGCAGGAUCAUGCUGUAUAAUACAGUGCAAUCAUAAGUAUACCAAUUCUGAGGUUAGAAUGCCUUGAUUCUUUGCACCUCUUUUUUACAAACCCUUACCCGAAAUUACUAAUCAGUUGAGCAAGAGGGAGCAACUUUCUACAUACAGUAGGAGUCUGCAGCAUUUUUACUAUCCUGAUUGGCUGAGUCUGCUGCUGUUCCAAGUAAAAUAUUCUGAAUUCCAUUUUAUCAAUAAAGCUUGAUUUAAAAAACAAGAAAUUUAAUCAUAUAUGUGUAAUUCCUCUUUUUUUCUGCCUUUUGAAAUUCUGUGCCAUUGUAAAUGAGAUUUCACAUGUGGAAAAAAUAUUUUUAAAUAAUUGGUAGCCCAUUUUUAAAAUGGGGAGAACUUUGACUGUUGCCCAAGGCAUAGAAAGACACUGGAGGAUGUAGUGGGUUUAAUCUGUUACUCUAUUUUACAUGGAUUUAUUUCAGGCUUUUUAUUUUUCACUGAGAUGAGCAUCAGUUUGAAUUUGCCUACUGUUUAAUGAAAAUACAUUUGUCAAAGCCUGACAAUCUUAACAUUUUAUGGUAUGUGUGUUUUUAAUUGACCCACUUAUUUAGAAUGAGAAACUAGUGGUUAAACAGUAUUUGUGAUUUGAAAUAUAGCAUGUUGACAAUAUGUAACUGUUGGUCAUUAAAAUUAAAUUCUAAUUUAAAAAUUAAGGGUAAUAAACAUAAACUAAAUUGACUUAAGCUUAACUUUCUCCCAUUGAACAUACAAAAAGUAAGUUUUCAAAUCAGUCGUGUUUGCAAAACUACUGUUUUGUGCACCUUGUAUUCUUGUCUUCUUAGGUUGAGGAUAUUGUGUUUGUUGUUAAUAUAGUAGUUUACUUUAAUCAUUCAGUAGGCAGAGUCCCCAAAAGGAAAAUCAGUAAAAUAUAAGUAGCUUGUAACACUUACCACAACUAAACAAAAAAUCAAAACUUGGUGUAAAAUUACUUUUUGAUAGGAAAAUGUAGUACAAUGCGUUUUGCUAUAUUUGUCUUUUCCCUAACUUUGAAAUAUACAUAUUUGUAUAUAUAGCCUUAAAACUAAUGCAGAGUUAGGGAACUUUGAACAGUGAAAAAGUAACUUAUAGUGUCUCAGAAUUAAGUAUAGUAUAUACCAGCAAAAUCUUUCUUUUAUCCCUCUUGUUUAUGUGGGGUGCUUAAACGUAACUUCAUUGUAUUCAGUUUGUAAUCUGUUCAAGCAUGAAUGAAGAAACCAUAAGCACUAUUUGUAUUUAUAAAUUUAUAGCAAUUUUUGGUUAAAGAACCAAUUCCUUACCGACCUACAAAUAAAUGCUUAAAAUGUCUAAUUUUGUUGUAGAGUGCAAAACUAUAAUAAUGUCAUAAGUUAUAGCUUCGCAAGCACCUAAUUAACAAAUGUAUUUAAUACUACACGGUAUACUAGUACAGAAAGCUAAACUUAUUUUUAGGAUUAGGCAGAUAAAGUUCUGUUCUUUACUUUUCUACAUAGACUAAAGUUUAGUUCUGGAAACUGCAAAACCUUGAACUGGACUGUGGAAACUUUGAGACCUAAAAUCUUAAAAAAUCACAAGCAAAAUUGUGGUGGAAAGCCAUACUUCAAAUAUAAUCACUUAAAAUGUGUCAUAAUGACAUACUGUGUACUAAAAGCAUUUUCAUCUGAGAGGCCCUUCCUAAAAAUAUAAACAUAAUUCUUCUGCUAUUGCUACCAGUGCUUGUAACUAGGUUUGGAGGUAAAGGAGGAAUGUCUAUUGCAAUCCUUCCUUUUUCUGCCUUACGUUCAGCACUUUUGUGUGGUCAGAGCACUGAGGCUAUUAUGUGUGCAUAAACACUGCCAUUCUAGGUACAGAUUUUGAUUACAAAAAUACAUGUAUUAAGUACAUAAAAACAUUCUUGCAAAGGACUAGCUGGUCUUUUCAUGAAUCUG